AUGGCAUUUGCCCUUCGUGUGUUCUUCCUGCUUUGUGGGAUCAGUGGAAUGUUGACUGGAGUUUGGGCUUGGCCUCUCAUGAAGGACAAUGGUGUUUGCUGUCCUGAAGGCUGGACUCAGGUGAAUGAUCGCUGUUACAUCCUCCAGACUGACCACAGAAAUUUUUCAGAUGCAGAGAGCAUCUGCAACAUCAUUGGUGGGAAUCUGGCGUCAAUCAGAGACGACGUGGAAAAUUUUGUCGUUUUUGCUGUGGCCCGGUUAGGGCAAUCAGUGCCAGCCUGGAUUGGACUCCAUAAUGCCUUUGAGGUGAAACAUUUACCAGCGCCAAAGCUGUCUAAUUAA